CUUCCCUUUUGGUGAACCCGCCAGUCCCUUACCCCUUCGGCUCUGUGUUCCCGCCUCCUGUGCACUCUCUCUGUCGGUUGCUUCCGCGCGCUGCAGCUGCUUGUGUCCGUUCAGAGGGGAGAAGCUUGGACUCGAAAAUGUCGGGCGAUGAUGAGCAGCAAGAACAGACUAUCGCCGAGGACCUGGUCGUUACAAAAUAUAAAAUGGGGGGCGACAUCGCAAACAGAGUCCUGCGUGAACUUGUGCAAGCAGCCACUGCUGAGGCCUCAAUCCUGAACCUUUGUGUGAAAGGAGAUGCUAUGAUUAUGGAGGAAACAGGCAAAAUCUUCAAAAAGGAGAAAGAAAUGAAAAAAGGUAUUGCCUUCCCCACAUGUAUAUCAGUUAAUAACACUGUGUGUCACUUCUCCCCUCUGAAGAGUGAUCAAGAUUAUCUGCUCAAGGAUGGUGAUGUGGUAAAGAUUGACCUUGGAGUCCAUGUGGAUGGCUUCAUUGCUAAUGUUGCACACAGCUUUGUUGUUGGUGCUUCAAAGGAGAAUCCAAUAACUGGCCGCAAAGCUGAUGUUAUCAAAGCAGCACACUCGUGCGUGGAGGCUGCUCUGCGUUUGGUGAAGGCAGGAAACCAGAACACACAAGUGACUGAAGCUUGGAAUAAGAUUUCCCCAUCGUUUAACUGCACUCCAAUUGAAGGUAUGCUUUCUCACCAGCUAAAGCAGCAUGUUAUUGAUGGAGAGAAGACCAUCAUUCAGAACCCAACAGACCAGCAAAAAAAGGACCAUGAAAAAGCAGAGUUUGAGGUCCAUGAAGUUUAUGCUGUUGAUGUUCUUGUUAGCACUGGAGAAGGAAAGGCAAAGGAUGCUGGGCAAAGGACGACCAUUUACAAAAGGGAUCCCACAAAGCAGUACGGCCUCAAAAUGAAAACUUCCCGUGCCUUUUUCAGCGAAGUGGAGAGACGGUUUGGUGCUAUGCCAUUCACACUCAGGGCAUUUGAAGAUGAAAAGAAAGCAAGGAUGGGUGUGGUAGAAUGUGCCAAACACGAACUGCUCCAGCCAUUCAAUGUACUUUAUGAAAAGGAAGGCGAGUUUGUUGCACAGUUCAAGUUCACAGUUCUCUUAAUGCCCAACGGUCCUAUGAGGAUUACCAGUGGGCCAUUUGAACCAGAUGUUUACAAGUCUGAGUUUGAGGUGCAGGAUGCUGAAUUGAAGGCACUCCUACAAAGUUCAGCAAGCCGAAAGACCCAGAAGAAGAAGAAAAAGAAGGCUUCCAAGAAUGCCGAAAAUGCCACCGUUGAGGAAAAUGAAGGCACAGAUUGAAGCAGUUUCUCCUGAGGCUUUUGACUCCAACCUGCCAGUUCAUUUUUUAGUAUCUGUAUUUUGCCUCUCCCUGCCCCCAUCCCCCCCCCCCUCCCAAAAAAAAAGAUUAAAAUAAAAAAUAAUUACACCAAGAAGAGAAUAAAAAUCCUCUGCCUGGUUAGUCCUAAAACAUGGAAAAUAGACUGGGUUUUUCCCAUUUACUUUGGAUACAAAUAUGGACUUUGAGGCAAGAGUUUCUUGGAAUCUGCAUCAGACUACUUAACCAAAAGUAUAUAUAUAUAUAUAUAUAUGGAAAAAUAAAUCUGGCAUAAAACCAGUCGUUCAGCCCCUUUUUUUUAGGUGAUUUUGGAUAUUUCUCAUAAUAUUGUAACAUCACCUAUAUGUAUACCACUGCUGCCAUGAAUUCUGGAAAUAUUAACAUACUGAAAUGUAAAUGUGUUGCCUCAUUUGGCUGCACAGAUGUAGAACGUAAACUGACUAUCAGUAAACGGUCACAUGUU